AUGGUCGGCGUGCCACGCAACACAGGCUGCCGAACAUGUCUCGAGCGGCGAGUCAAGUGUGACCAAGCACGGCCGGAAUGCAAUCGCUGUCGCACCCGACGACUCAAAUGCCCCGGAUAUGCACGACGGUUGAAAUUCUAUCACAAAACCACAGAUGCGAGCUCAUUCCACGAUGCGACAUCUUCAUCCAAUUCCCAGUGCAUCAGUUAUGUCAUCGUUGGAACCGGCUCCCGAAAACACCUCCCUCUCACCAGCAUGGACGAAUCCGUGGCGCCAAACCUAGCAGCGACCGCAUUAAAUGCCCAAUCCAAACAAAUAUUCCAGCACGUAGUCCACGCCACCUUCCCAGGUACAUUCGCCACAUUCGGCCAACGAGUCGACCCCAACUGGAAGGACUUUGUCUUGACUCACCCGGCCGCCCAGAACGUCACGGUCACGUGGUGUAUCCGCUGCCUCAGCACGUGGUUUCUAGCGAAGCGACACCAGGAUAAAAACCUACUUAUCACCAGUCGUCAUUUAUACAGUCGCGGUCUGCGAUGUCUGCUGAAUUUACUCCGCAUCCCGUCGAUGGUCAAAUCCGACACGGUCCUGGCCACCGCCAUGAUGCUAGGAGUGUACGAGAUGUUCGACGGCGUGGGGCCGAACUCCUGGUUGAUCCACUCCCACGGAAUCGGAGCCCUGUUCUGUCUGCGUGGGCCCCAGGCGCAUCAAAGCGGGUUCGGACGCACUAUGCACCUAACGUAUCGGUCGUUUCUUGUCGCCGAGGCUUUUCAACGCCAGGAGGCCUGCUUUCUCGCCGAGCCGGAGUGGCAGGAGAUGAACCGCGAGAUGUUGGCGGUGGAAGAGCGCGAAGGGAAGGGAAGUAAACUGGGCGCCAUCAUCGAGCAUACUUUCAAUGAGAUGGCUUUGUGUCCUGGCUUUCUGAAGCGAACGUCCGACCAGAUCACGUGCCGGAUGCCGGAAUCAGUCGGGGAGAUAUUGGUGGAGGAGAUUCGUCACAGCGUCGCCAUCCUGCGCGAUCUUCAGCUGCGGCUGAGCUCGAUACCCGCCAAGAUGGAUCGGGAGAAAUGCGGGCAGAGACGUGGAAGUAUCACCGGGCCGAUUCCCGUGGAUUUCGUGCACAUGAUUACCAAGUCGUCUCUGCAGGCUAUACGCUCGGCUGUGGCGCUACAGGAUCAGUUGCUGGUUCUUCUGGAGGCUCGUAAGAUCCAGUCGUGUAGUUUAACCGGCGCGGAAGAGACAAAUGCUCCGUGGAGUCUGGAGCCGGUGCAGUCGGUCCAUGAACUGGUGCAGCAGACUUCGAGGGCGGAGGAUAAUAUGGACCACGAAGAGCAGACAAAAGGGGAAGAUUGGCUGGAUCACCUAGCCAUGUCGAUGGGAACUCUUGCAAUUAAGUCAUGA